AGUACUCGGCGUUCUUGGUUCCAUCUCUCUCCCAGGUGUUUUUAGGACGACAGAUGCAACAAGAGAAACUUCGGUUUUCUCUACGUGUCCGUCUCUGUUUCGCUGGUCUGGAUUGCGAGCAUUUAGUUGGAGGGAGGGACAUUUUGGGAGGAUUUGUUGGUUUGUGUUCUUGCGAGCAAGGAGAUAUUGAAGGGAGGAUUUGUUCAGGAGGUGGAGAACGAGGAUGGUUUCGUUGGUGUCUCGGCAGGGAAGGCACCUCCAGCGGUACACCAGCACCGGCGGUCGACUCGUUGUCGGAUGCAUUCCAUACAAAUUUAAGAUUGACAAGCCAUGUGACUAUGACAUUGAUCAAGCAAUGGAGGUUCUGGUUAUUAGCUCACAGAAAGGGCAUGGCAUGAUGUUCCCAAAGGGAGGUUGGGAGCUUGAUGAAACCAUAACACAAGCGGUGUCUCGAGAGGCUUUGGAGGAAGCUGGUGUACGAGGAAAUCUUGAGGAUAAACUUGGCACAUGGAGUUAUAAGAGCAAAAGUCAUGAUGCAUUUUAUGAGGGAAUCAUGUUCCCUCUGAAUGUCACAGAGGAACUGUUUCAUUGGCCUGAGAUGGAUGUGCGAAGACGGCGAUGGGUGACAGUAGCAGAAGCAAGGGAGGGAUGCCAGCAUCCAUGGAUGAAAGAAGCAUUGGAGAGACUGGUGACACGUCUCUCGAAUUCAAGUAGGUGAAAGACCACUAUGGCAUAGCAUACCUUCAUCACUGCGCUCUCAACUUCUAUGUCUGUACAUACCAGCUGCACGAAAAGGCUGAGGUUUUCAAAUGACUCAGUAGUUCCCAAGAAACUCUAGAAAACAAUGCAGCUGCAUCUUGGAUGAGUACAGAAUUUGACAACAUAUAUUGUAGAUGCCGGUCGGAUAGUUUUUCACACGGCCUAAUCAAAUAUACUUGUAUUUUUUGUUAAAAAUUUUCCUCUGACAAAUUUGAUGAGCAGCAGAUACAAAAGCACUCAAUGGAACAUGUCCAUGUGCUGCAAACUACAGCAGUCUGUAAUCUGUCACCGUCAUGCUAAUUAGUUAACUAACAGAUGCUUUCGACUUCUUGUCUGCUUACCUGAAAGUGCCAAGCUGUCCCAAAUCUUAGCUAUGUUACCAGGCCUUUUUGGUCCGUGAUACUGGUCAUCAUAGUAGUCUGUUUUUCCACAAGCAUGCAUGGAGUUCAUAGUACAGGCAUUCAUGGAGUUCAUAGGACAAGCCUUUAGUGCAAGUGCUGAGGGUUUGAUUCUUUUCCACUGAAAGAAAAAAUUUUCAGUUUAAAAUGAUAAUUCAAGAUCAUUUAUUUGCUGCAUUAUAAGGAACAACCACCUGGAACAAGUAUAUUGCCUGUCGCAUGGGUCUUAUGCAAUCAAAGGAUACCUUGGAAGGAAUUUCUCAUAACCAAGGUGUUUGAGGACCCGCAAUGAUUGGUAAAAUUUCAUGGAGUUUCAGAGUAGUGAUUGGUGUUUAUAGAUCACCAGUUCCUACAAGCAAAAGCACCCAAUUAAGGAGGGCUAAAAAAUAGAUUAACAAUUGUAUAGCCAUCUGAGGAAGGAAAAAGGAAGAGAUGGAGUCCUCCAAUGCCCAGUUUGAUUGCAGAAUAGUAGACAACAGAUUUAACAAUUGUAUAGCCAUCUGAGGAAGGAAAAAGGAAGAGAUGGAGUCCUCCAAUGCCCAGUUUGAUUGCAGAAUAGUAGACAACAGAUUCUCAUUCCAACCAAACAACUGCCCCUGAUCCCGAGUUUUACUUAAUUAUAUGAUCCCAUUCAACAGCCUUCUAUUCUGGCCUAUUCGGGUUUUAUCGGGUUAAAGUUACCAAAUGAAGAGGGUGAAAGUGGAAUUUCUCCUGCAGCAAAGGAGGAUCUCAUUUCAUGGAUCUUUCUUUUUUUUUCUUUCUUUUUUUUUUUUUUUUUGAAUUCUGGAUUAUUUCUUUAAGGUAAUCAAAUAGAAUCCAAGCUUAUUCCAUGAAUGCAGGAAUAACUAGGAAUGGUUACUUCAAGCUUUAAGUAUGCACCACAAAACAUGACCUUGGAGAGAACCCAAGUCACCUAAGUAAAAUGAUCCACAUGGAUGGUUAUCAUUGGUAGUGGUUUAAUGUAUUGUUGAGAGGCCUUGUAGUGUCCAGAUUUUUGAAUAUACCAGCUUGAUUGUGCCAAGUACUUUCCAUCUCUAGCCAUUCAACACACCGGACUCCUUGGUUUUCUGAUGCCUACUGCACUUGAUUUAGAGAAAUCAACUAUGAUGUUUAACCGUCUGGCAGUUAGAUGAUCUACUAUGAUAAGUCAAAGCUAUAUAUUUGGAAAUGGAAGUGUUUGUUAUUUGCAGAUAGGCUCUUGCUGAUCCCCCCUAGUGGUGAAUUCCCAUGUUUAUGUGCCUGCUUUCUAGGUUGUUGUGUCUUUCAAGAUUUGUUAAACUGGCUGGUGGCUGCUACUUGAUAUUUUUUGUGGGGUCAUGAUGCAAAUAAAAAUCUACUUAGCUUGAU